GGUAAAAGCAUACACGGUGCAGUCUCGCAUGCUUAUUGCAAUUGGUUUUUCUAGAGGGACCGACAUCAACUGCAUUCACCACCAGCACACACCCCUCAGCACCGGUGAUGCAUCCCCGCGGCAAGGGCACUGACAACUCCUCCUCAGAGUCUCGACUUUAGAAUGGUGCAGAAAUCUCUCAACGGCGGGGUUUACCCAACUCAAGCCGGAGAGAAGAAGCACAAAGUCGGGUUUGUGGGUUUGGACCCGGGAGCUCCGGAAUCCAGCAGGGAUGGGGCACUGCUCAUUGCGGGCUCGGAAAGCACCAAGCGGAGCAGCAUCCUCUGCAGACCGAGGUCCAGCAUCUCCGCAGGAAGACCCAGACCGUCGAAGAAAAACGCCAGCUAUCGGAAACUACAGAAUUUUCUCUACAAUGCGCUGGAAAGACCGCGGGGAUGGGCGUUCAUCUACCACGCUUAUGUCUUCCUCUUGGUGUUUUCGUGUCUUAUACUCUCAGUCUUUGCCACCAUUAAAGAGUUCACACAAAGCUCAGAGAGUGCCUUGUACAUCUUGGAAAUUGUGACGAUUGUGGUGUUUGGAGUGGAGUACAUUGUAAGGAUAUGGGCUGCUGGCUGCUGCUGUCGAUACAGAGGAUGGAGAGGGAGGCUAAAAUUUGCCAGAAAACCUUUCUGUGUCAUAGACAUCAUGGUGCUGAUUGCCUCAGUAUCUGUCCUGGCAGCUGGAUCUCAGGGCAAUGUGUUUGCCACCUCGGCUAUCAGGAGUCUGAGAUUCCUGCAGAUCCUACGGAUGCUGCGCAUGGACCGCCGUGGAGGAACCUGGAAGCUGCUCGGCUCUGUAGUUUAUGCACACAGCAAGGAGCUCAUCACAGCGUGGUACAUAGGCUUCCUGUGCCUCAUCCUGGCCUCAUUCCUGGUCUACUCUGUGGAAAAGGAGUCAAAUAAUGAGUUUGACACGUAUGCUGAUGCUCUUUGGUGGGGACUGAUAACUCUUACCACCAUUGGUUAUGGUGAUAAGGUUCCCAAAACCUGGAAUGGACGCUUACUAGCAGCCACGUUCAGCUUGAUCGGCGUUGCCUUCUUUGCCCUUCCUGCUGGCAUCUUGGGUUCUGGCUUUGCCCUCAAAGUCCAAGAGCAGCACAGACAGAAGCAUUUCGAGAAGAGACGUAACCCCGCUGCAGGCCUCAUACAGGCUGCUUGGAGGUUUUAUGCCACCAACCUUUCCCGUACAGAUCUGGUGUCCACGUGGGAUUUUUAUGAGCAGACUGUAGCUAUUCCGAUGUACAGACUUAUCCCACCUCUGAAUCAGCUGGACCUGCUGAGGAAUCUGAAGGGCAAAUCAUUCAGGAAGGAGUCACAAACAGAAACCUCUCCCAGUCGGAAGCCGAGUCUGAAGGACAAAGUGUUUCCCAGUCCUUCUAAGGCUCCUGUGUCCAAGGGGAAAGCCCAGUCUCCAGGUGGAGCAGAUGAUGGUGCUGAAGCAAGCCCCAGCAAGGUCACCAAGAGCUGGAGCUUCACCGACAAGAACCGAGGGGCGAAAAAUGCCUUCAAAGCUCGGGGCAGCACCUCGCGCCAAAACUCAGAGGUGCUGAUUGAAAUGCAGGACGAAGACUUUGGACUGAAGAGUUCUCCAGCAAUUGAAGGUUUAAUAAAGGCGAGCCUUCCGGGAGAGGAAGUUGGUGACGAUAAGAGCUGCCACUGUGAAUUCUUCACUCAAGAGUUACCACCAGGCUUGAAAGUUGCAAUCAGAGCAAUCUGCAUCAUGAGCUUCCUGGUGUCAAAGAGGAGGUUCAAAGAGAGCUUGCGACCCUACGAUGUCAUGGACGUGAUUGAGCAAUACUCCGCUGGUCACCUGGACAUGCUGUCGCGCAUUAAGAACCUGCAGACCAGAGUUGACCAGAUAGUUGGUAAAGGUCCCAAAGGUGGAGGAGAUGCUGUGGAGGACCAGAGUAUGAUGGGACGUCUGGUCAAAGUGGAAAAGCAGGUGGUCUGCAUGGACAGGAAACUCGACUUCCUGGUUAAUGUGUAUGUGCAGCGUAUGGGUAUCCCCCGUUCCGAAACAGAGGCCUUUUUCAACUCCAGGGAGCCGUAUCCAGCCCCGCCUUACCACAGCCCCGAGGAGAGCAAAGAAGAGAAGGAGGAAAAGGAGGAGGUACAGGAGGUGAAGACAUGCUCAGCAGCUGAUGUCCCAUGCUCUGACGGGUCCUUGGAAAAGAAAGACCCUUUACUUGGUCGAUCCGUGGCGAGAUCAGUUGGUACUCCCUCUGGGAGCAACAGCCGCCCCUCUACCUCCUGGCAGCACCAGCUGCAAAACCCCAUCAGCCAGCCUGCCUGGAACAGCAGCGUGGCCAACACCCCUUCGCCAGUAGGUGGCAGCGGCGACCAUUCGCCCACCCUGUUCCGCCUCCCACCUCCACCUGCUCCAGCUCAUGACAGAUCCUCUUCGGGUCAGGGUGGCAGCGGCAGAGAGAGCGGCUCCCACAGCAAGAGGCGCAACAGGAGGCACAGGUGCCAUCGAGAGGUCACUGCAGUAGAUAGUGACACAUCCCUCUCCAUCCCGUCGGUUGACCAUGAGGAGCUGGAGCGCUCGUUCAGCGGCUUCAGCAUCUCCCAAGCCAAGGAGGACUUCUUUGGGCCCUCGUUCUUUACAGGCUUAGGAGGGGGAGCCGGAGCAGGGCCCGAAGCCGGAGGUGGACCUUCACUCUGUGCCAGGGUCAGACCAUUGCUAGCAGAGGGGGAGUCGGACACAGACUCUGACCUCUGUGCUCCCUCGCCUCUGUCUUUCACCGGAGAGGUCUCAGGUGGAGAGAGGGGGUGGGCUGGGCUGAAGUAGAAAGGACUGCUCUGCUGGCAGACCUGCUGAUUGUGACAGAGGCUGAUGCCCCGAUUGCCAACAUGACCGUAUCAUUAGACCUCGUGGCCACAGGCUCACUGUAGAUGAUGGCUGAUACAGACUAUAUUGGGCGGUUAUGUGCAGUUGUCUUUUUGCGAUAACAGUAAAAACGAGUUCUCACAAAAACAACGGGAUCAUCCUUUAUCAACAUUUAAGUUUGUAAUGUAACACUUCACUGGCAAUGCUUGAUUACGGUUACUUUUGUAUCCACUCAGAAUUUGAUUAAAUAGCUGUUUAGAAACCUUUCUUUAACUUAGACAAGAAGCCUUUUCGUUAUGGUACUUAGUUAGUGAGACGACACUUACACAGUGUGGAUUUGUAUGAAACAAUAAAGAGAAUUGCCAUUUUGGUUCCUCUUAUGAGACGUAUGAGUAGUAUUUCAGCACGUCUUCUGUUAAACACUGACCACUUUAACAUUCAAAAGCUUGCUGGAGUUUGUAACGCGAGACUGUUGAAAUCUUAUCACGUGGUUAACGUAGUGUCUUGAUAACUUCUAUACCUUAGGAUGUCUUGAGGUGUUAUGUUGCCAAAACCUUAGCUAUGAUGAUCAGUUAGAUUCUUGCUGAUUUAAAAAAAAGAAAAAAUGCUUCAUUAUUAAUUCAGCCUGGCAUUUAUGUAAUACUAUGGAAGAACUCCCCUUAAAGUAAUACUGAAUACUUCUGUAAGGAUACACUAAGGAACCACCUGCAUGGCAUGAUAAAUGAUUGAUUUAAGGACUGUGUUAAGUAGGCUGCAAAAACCAAACGGUGACAAACAGUCAAACUGUGUUUUUCUUCUAUACAGUAAGAGAGAGUGGUGAAUUUAAUUUAUAAAAAAAGUGCAUGCAUGACUGGUUUCAAGCUAUGUUUUAAUUUUUCUAAGGAGCCUUGCUUGAAUUCCAAUCAUGUAAAUGCAGCCUGAGCUUGCUAAUUUCAACAGCUCUUCUUUUCUGGGUAAAUAUGUUCAUCAAAUUCUAUACACAUUAAAUACAAGAGCAGAUGUUUAAUGCUGCACAGGUAUGGGAACAGGAAGGGCAUCUGCUUGUACAUUUUGUAUUGUUAUCACAAGGCAUGCAGUGUUGAAGCUGGAUUGAGUGCACGUGAAACUUUCUCACUUGUUACUGACAUGAUGGUAUUUAGCCUGCAGUGCAUUGAACGUUCAUUUAGAUUCUCUGAUGCUACGUCAGUUUCAGACUAAAUGAGGUAAUGCAAUAAAAAGCAAGCAACGCAAUCAAGAACUCAUCCUUUAAAAUUAUUGCCUUAUUUCCACACCAAAAUUUUAGAGGUCCACAAAUCAACAAUUUCAUUUUUAACAUUUUAUAACAGUAGUGUACGUAAAUUGUUAUGGGAGGUUCUUUGGCCUGAGAGCAGAUGUUUCAGGUUGCACAUUUAGCCAUUAAUAAUGCUAACCUUUGAAGCAUGAACAGUUCUUGUUAAAAUUAACCAAUGCCAACAUUUUAACAUUUACAUUAUAACCAAGGAAGUGUAAUUCAAUAGAGACUGUUAAUACGCGGUCCAUAUUUUUCAGCAAAAUCAGGAAGCAACUUGCUGGCAUGAUUUUUACAACCCAUUGAAAAGACAUGUAGGGUUUUACAUGAUACCGUAGAUCAGCACCAUUGUGUAACUGCACCUUUGUCUUGUUCAAAAAUAAAACUUUGUG